UCUUGCACUAGUCACACGGAGACGCGCCGUCAAUUGCAAAAGGACCCCUUAGUGACACUACCUAAGAUUCCCAUGUGAAACGUAGUCCAAUACCACAGAAUUUAUCAACAAGACUUGCAUUUUUUUCCUCUAUAUCACUCCGGAAUCUUGAAGCCCAAAUGAAAUUCAAGUGCUGUUGCUGAGGAGGGAAAUUUACGCCCAAACAGCCAAGAUGAAGAGAAGAACCAACGCAGCUCCUUUGCUGGCUGCAAAGAGGCAUCGUGACAACAGCAGCUCCGAUGAAGAAUCCAAAUUGUCGAAACAAGACUCCAGCCAAAAUGACUCUCUCAGCGACCAGGAAGAGCCCCGAGCCGGAUUCUCCAUGCCUUCCGUAUCCGUCGACACCAGGGACACCGAGUCCCCACCCACAGAGAGCCCGAAGUUCUCCAUGUACAACAGUGCGUCGAUGAACAUGAUGGCCAAGAUGGGCUUCCGUAUGGGUGAGGGUCUUGGGAAGUUUGGUCAGGGCCGCAAAGAGAUUGUGGAAGCGUCAACCCAGAGAGGACGACGGGGACUUGGCCUUACGCUUCAGGGCUUCCAGGGUGAGCUCAACGUGGACUGGCGAGAUGAACCUGAGGUGUGUACCACCAAUGUGCCCAGUGCCAUAGAAAAGGUUGACUGGUUCCCAGAAAGCACAACUGAAAUUCCAGAUGCAGACGAGCUGAGGGACUGGAUGGCAGUGGGCCCAAGAAAAAUGAAGAUUGAGGAUGAAACAGAGUUUUGCACCGAAGACCUCCUGCACACUCUUCUUAGAUGCAAGACAGUGUUUGACGACCUUGAAGGUGAAGAAAUGAGGAGAGCACGCACUCGUUCGAACCCCUACGAAACCAUCCGAGGAGGCAUCUUUCUCAACAGAGCCGCUAUGAAAAUGGCCAACAUCGACCACUGCUUCAACUACAUGCUCACUAACCCAAAGGUUCCAGAAGGGAAUUCUUCGAACAAAGACCUCAAGAACGAGCUGUUGUACUUUGGCGACGUGUGCGCAGGGCCUGGCGGAUUUUCUGAGUACGUCCUGUGGAAGAGACGCUGGCACGCCAAAGGUUUCGGCAUGACGUUGAGAGGACCCUGUGACUUCAAACUGGAGGAUUUCUACGCUGCGCCCAGCGAGCUGUUUGAGCCCUACUAUGGUGAAGGAGGCGUGGAUGGCGAUGGCGACAUCACACGGCCAGAAAACGUCACCGCCUUCAGAAACUUUGUGCUGGACAGCACCGAGGGAACAGGGCUGCACUUCCUCAUGGCGGACGGGGGUUUCAGUGUGGAAGGCCAAGAAAACCUUCAGGAGAUCUUGAGCAAACAGUUGCUGCUCUGCCAGUUCCUCACCGCUCUCUCUACACUCAGGACAGGUGGACAUUUUGUCUGUAAGACAUUUGACCUUUUCACCCCUUUCAGCGUGGGUUUGAUCUACUUAAUAUACCUUUGCUUUGACCGGGUCUCCCUCUUCAAACCUGUGACCAGCCGGCCUGCCAACUCAGAGAGGUACCUUGUAUGUCGAGGUUUAAAACCCGGCUCAGACGCCGUCAGAGAGUACAUGUUCAAAGUCAACCUAAAACUCAAACAGCUGAAGAACACAGAGAUGGAUGUGUUGGAUGUGGUUCCUUUGAGCAUCAUCAAGGAGGAUGCAGACUUCUACCACUUCAUGGUCAAUUCCAAUGAGCGCCUGUGUGCAGUCCAGAUCAAGGCUUUGGCCAAGAUCCACGCCUUUGUUUUAGACCCGACGCUUGCAGAGUCGAGGCAGGCGGACAUCCGCAAGGAAUGUCUCAAGCUCUGGGGGGUGCCAGACAAGGCCAGGGUCACUCCGACUUCUUCAGACCCAAAGUCUAAAUUCUAUGAGCUGACCAAGAACGCCGAUGUGGACUCAUUCAAGAGCAGCGUUGUGCCACUUAACUCCAGCACGCUUAAUAAGCUGCAUAAUGUCAUGGACUACCGCUGCAUUGUGGUAGGCGGCGAGCAGAUCUUCCUCCUAGCACUAGGGAAGUCUCAGAUUUACACGUGGGACGGCAAAAUGCCUUUACGCUGGAAGAAGCUGGAGUAUUUCAAGCUGGAGCUCCCCAGAGAUACUCUCCUGAGUGUCGAGAUCGUCCAGGAGCUGAAGGGCGAGGGCAAAGCGCAGCGCCGCAUCAACGCCGUGCAUGUGAUGGAUGCACUUGUACUAAAUGGCACUGAUGUCAGAAAUCACUACUUUAAGCGACGAAUUCAGAUGGCUGAGAAGUUUGUGAAGGCAGUGGCGAAACCUAGCAGACCCGACAUGAACCCCAUCAGAGUGAAGGAGGUGUACGGACUAGAGGAAAUGGAGAAGAUCUUUGUCAGACUGGAAAUGAAAGUAACAAAGAGUUCAGGCGGAGCUCCGCGUCUUUCUUACACCGGCCGAGACGACCGACACUUCCUCCCCACUGGCCUUUACAUCAUCAAGACCGUCAAAGAUCCGUGGAUGGUGGCGUACAGCAAAAGCAACAAAAAAGAGUACUUCUUUAAUAAGAAAGAAAACACGUCCCACUUUGAAAUACCUGCCAAAGCCGCUUCCCCCUUCCAUGUCUGCCACUCCAAGCGUCUCUUCUGGGCGUGGGAGGAAGGCGUCAUAGUGCACGAUUCUCAGACGCGGAUGGACCCAGAGAAACUGUCCAAAGACGACGUUCUGUCCUUCAUCCACCAGAAUCGUCAGCCAUAAAUGAAAGAUGGCGGAGCUUUUCCGUAUAUGACUUUUUCACACCAUUCUGAGAGGACACUCACACCUUCACCUACCAGUCCAUUACUUUUUCAAAACCUUGUGGCUUCCUGGAAGAGAAACAUGACAAGGUAGUAAUUAGAUUUCAGCAGCUGUUUGCUAUGAAUUGCUGUGACAUUUAGUCUCUUUGUAACGUGAAGAACUGGAGGACUUUUGGGCUGC